AUGGUUAGUGUAGAGCCAUCUUCUCGAGUGGGUGUGGCACUUGACCUCAUCCUCAAGACUCUUAUUUCUUCACAAGAUUUUAAUGAGCUUCAGACUAAGAAUUGGGAUGCCAUAGCAAGGCUUAUACCUGGGAUGUCACCUGGACAGGUUGCUAGACGUUAUGAAGAACUACUUUUGUCUGGUGAUGUCUAUGCCUUUAACCAGUUUGAGAAAAGUUAUGCAGUCCCUGGGAGUUCAUCUCAAAUGAGUUUUAAUGAGUCGGACACAGUUAAUAAAACUGGAAGCUGCCCUGGCUCUGCACGAAACAAAGGUGAUAAAGAUUUUAAGGAUUUAGUUGAUCAGAAAAGUAAAAAUGGAGGCCGAAACAGCUCUGACCAAGGGCCCUUGAUGACAAUCCACGUAUGUGAUGAAGCCAAGAGCUUGAAACAGGAUUUCCAUUGUGCUAGAGACUUACUGGUCCAGGAAAUGAAAUAUUUUGCGGAAUACUUGUCCACUGAUGCACAGCGAUGGGAGGAAGUAGACAUAUCCGUUCACUGUGAUGUCCAGAUUUUUGAUUGGCUGAUGAAAUAUGUAAAACGGGGUUCAAAGGAUGUCCCUGAAAAACCAAAACUAGAGGCAAACAAUGUGAUUUCAAUUCUGAUUUCAUCCGACUUUCUCAAAAUGGACGUUCUAGUACAGGAGUGUAUAGAAUAUUGCCAUGGUAACAUGUCUUCCAUUGUAUCUACGCCCUGUAAUAUGAACUGUAUUAACGACAAACUUGUCGGAAGGAUAUCAGACCUGUUUACUCAGAACGAGGCAGAUGACAUCAAGGAUCGAAAAGACAAGUUUAAAAGUAAACUGUUUGCCAAGAAGUUGGAGAAGUUAUUUGAUGCUGACACUAAGAGUCCAGAUUCUCCGGAGGAUGCUACAAACAUGUUCAGAUGCUCUGUAUGUAAAAGAAUCCUAACGGCCAAUCUAGAAAAGAAAGUAAAGUGUAUGCCAUGUCGGAUGACUGUUGAUAAGAGAGGUCGUUUGUCACAUUGUCAUGUCAAAGACAAGUCGUUUGAUGUCAAUGAAUACCUGUUGGAGUUGAAAGCACAGCUGAAAUCCUGGCGUGAAGUUUACUGGCGCAUUUGGGGUCUUAUCAACUAUCUCAGUUGUACACGCUGUGGUGAACUGUUUCCUUGUGCUGAAUUUGGUCACUGUAAAUAUCACCCAGAGCCGCCUCGUUAUGACAAUGAGAGUGGACUUGGUUCUUGUAUUGGAACCUACCCCUGCUGUCACCAGAAAAAUCUUCGGUUUGACCCUACACAACAGAAUAAGGGCUGUCGUGUAAGGGACCACAUUGUAAGUCUACCAGAGAUUGUUCAGGGUAGUGAUGUAGACAAGGCCUCACCAAAUCGUGUGUAUGAUGAUCUCCUGGCUCACAGAGAUGUAGUGUGUGUACCCUUCCAACGCCUAUCAGACGCCAGUGAAUUAGAGCUUAACAUGUAUGAUAACGAAGAAUUCGUGAGUAGUACACGUAAGGAAGGCACAGCUAUCCAUCCGUCUCUCAUGUCUGCAGUAGAUGAUGAUAAAAAGUCUGAGACCAUGAGGCCCCAGCCCCGCCUUCAGGCUCUGACCAUGGAGAGAGAGCUUUCAUUUGAGUAUGAUGAUAUUGGAAUGGGAGAAAGUGAUGAUGAACUUGGAGAUGAUGAACAGCCGAAAGGAACAGCUCGUCGGUCAAGAGGAACCAGGCGGUCAAGAGUGACCAUUGAUCCACAAGCUAUCCUAUUGGAUGCUCCAGAUUUUGAUCAGACCAAGAAAUCCACUUGGGACACUGGUAGAUCUAUGAGGUACAAUCAGGACGCCCAGCGACAGGAAGACCACAGAAGAAUGAAAGACAUCCGACUUUAUUUAACAAAGUUAAGAUUGAACCCUGACAAGAUAGAUAAACCAAAAAAGGAAUAUGCUGGAGGAAUCUAUAGUAAAAUAGAAGCACAAUGGAGAUCCAACAACGUUCAGCUCCAGAACAAACAGCCAUCCAACAACCAGUUCAGAGCAAAACCGAUGCGAUUCAGUCAAGUGCGUUCAUCUGUAUCUUGAUUUAGCAACAUAAUGGAUAGGACCAUUGGAGUGUAGCACCCCCUGUUGGAUUGUAUAUGUAAGCACUGUGAUGUAAACGUGAUGGACUUUACCUGUUAUCAAAGGAUUGUGAUACCCUUUGAUUUUGAAAGUGGUGCCCCCAUUUUGAUGGAGAGUAGCGCCCCCCUGUGGAUUGUAUCUGUUGUGUGGCAUGUCUUAUAUGACAGCAUCUAAGGAGAGACAGUGGCGCCCCCUCUAAGUGAUAUCUGCAGAGAAUGGUGCCACCUGCUGGGUUGUAUUUGUGGACAGUGGUAUUCGUCCUUGGAUCCUAUAUUUUGAAGUUGAUUGGUUUUUUUCAGGGUUGUCAUUCCAUUGAUCGAUGAAUAUCAUAUGUAGUGUGGCAUUCCCUUAUGUAUCUAAAUCAACAAUCCAAAACUCUUCAUUAAUCGUGACAAUUGUCUCUAUGGAUACGGUUCAACAAUUGAAAUUAUUUCUAUCAUAGCUCCUUUUUUCAGAAUAUGCAAAAAUACACAUGUUCAGUUUAUAAAGAAUAUGAUGUGAGGAUUUGUCUUUGAUAUGUGAAUUUAGUUUAAAAAUCUGUUCAUUUAUAUAUUGAAUUGCUGUCAUGG